AGGGUGAAAUUUAGCGACAAAAGAAAAAAAAAAGGUGGAAGAAAGUAGAAUCCGGUGGCUUGACCUCUUUGUUCUUGAAUCAAUUUUAUUUGUUUUGGAAAUUUGAAUCUUGUUUAUAUAUCUAUCUGGGUUUGCGAUUUCGAUUGAAUCUGAUCUUAAAGCCGUGAUCUUUGUUGGUGGAGGGUUACCCAUGUACUCGUUUAAAGACAAAGUAUCUGACAAGCUCUCUCAUCUCCUCUCAUCCUCCUCUUCUUCUUCAACACCCCUUGAGCCCCAGGCUACACAUAAUAAAAAGGAGGGAAAGUCCUUGUCUUCUAUAUUUUCUUCUAUUCUUCCUUCAACAAGUUUAAAUGGUUUCCGAUCGAACAAGCAGCACCAUGACAUUAAGCCAAUUCAAUCGCAACCUGUUCGAUGGAAAAGUAAAAAAUUUUCACCAGAAAAAAUACCAUCUGAAAAAUAUGAGGAAUGUGAAUAUAAGUUUGAGAAUGAGCGAACUCUAACUGGACAGUACAACGAAAAGGGGAAGGGAUCUGUGAUGGGCCAAGCACUCAACGAAGAAUACUUUGUUACUCCAGCAGGUAAUGAGGAUCAAAGCUCCAGAAGGAGCACUAGUGAUUCUGAUACUUUUGAGGAUGCUACUGAUCAACGCUUUUCUGAGAAGUCCAUGCCCAAACUCACUCAGGAGUCCCUUUUCCUCUCUGUUAAUUUAUAUGAUUUUUUCCAGUCAGCCCUUCCAAAUAUAGUCAAAGGUUGUGAAUGGGUCUUAUUGUACAGCACGGCAAAAGAUGGUAUAUCACUUCGCACACUGAUACGCAAGAGUGCUGAUAUUCCUGGUCCAUGUUUGCUAAUCACUGGAGAUAGGCAAGGAGCUGUAUUUGGUGGGCUGCUCGAGGGCCCCCUAAGACCUACUGCCAAAAGAAAGUAUCAAGGGACAAAUCAGACCUUUGUAUUCACGACUAUAUAUGGGGAGCCAAGAUUAUUCAGGCCUACUGGUGCCAACCGAUAUUUCUACUUGUGUUUGAAUGACUUGUUGGCACUUGGAGGGGGCGGAGAAUUUGCUUUACGGCUUGAUGGUGAUCUGUUGUCUGGAACUAGUGGACCUUGUGACACGUUUGGAAACCAAUGCUUGGCUCAUAAUCAAGAAUUUGAACUAAAGAAUGUUGAGCUAUGGGGUUUUACACAUACUUCUCAGUACACAAACUAGAAUGAAAGGAUGCAAAUUGGAAGUAAAGGAUGUGGCAACUUGCAAGUUGCAGCAUCGCAAUUAUAGAUUCUUUUGUGCUAUCUUCUGGUAUGGGGACUCUGUUACCGUCCCUAGGAUGAAUCGAUUAGCAUAGUUGCAACUUAUAUCAACAUAGCUUUUCAUUUGUGUUGAUAAAUAUUUAGCUUUACACUAAAAAGUAGAAAAUUCAUGAAGCUUUUCAAUUAAUUGUUUUGAAAGAAUAUGCCUGGGAACUACUACUGCUAUUCAUAUUAUUUGUCGUGAAGACAAAAUAUGCGGCUAUCGUUUGUGACCUGAUACAAUAUUUGAGACAGUUGUA